UAAAAUUUAAGUCAGUGAAAAUGAAAUAUAACAUUUAGAUAUGGCAAUAUAUUUCAGUAUAAAUGAUUCGGAUGAAACAAUGGGAAAACCCACGAUAAGUAAAUCCAAAUAAUAAUAAGUUGAGCCAAAUAUCCCAUUGUGGUCGCUUCUGUGUGGGGGGGAGAAGGGAGGAGAUCCGAUAGCUGCUAACGGCCGCACCGCGCCGGCAGCCGGCAGCCGGCAGUGUUGUUUGAAUCAUGCUUGAGGUAUGAUGUCUUACUACGUCUUAGUUUGUGAAAAGUAAACUUCGGUAAACUUUUUUCAAAGUUAACAAGAAAUCAAUGUAUUUUAAGUUUGUGACAAAUUGUGUAUAAGUUUGUGCAGUAAAGAAUAUUGUUGGAUUAAUUGUUAACGUUUAAAUGGAAGGGAUCCAAGAUACUAUCUUUAUUAUGGAACAAUAUAAUUUUAAUGCACCAAUUAACGUAAAGAUAAUUUAUGAAGAUGAUGAUGAAGAAACAAGUGAAAGAAUAAUUACUCAUAGAGAAAAUGCCCAGGCCGAUAUAAGGCAAAGAGGAAAUGUGCCAUCUAUAGCUGUAGAAAGCAAUUUAGAUACACAAGCACAAAUGCAAACAUUUAAUCAAAUCAAUAGUAAUGUUGAUAAUGAAUUGUUAAAUUUAGUCAUAGAUAACAUGUCUGGUAUUGUAAGAGUACAAUUCAAGUUCCAGCAAAUUAGUAAAAAGCUAAACACUGCUGAAAUAGAAAGAUUUAAAGUGAAGUAUAUAGAAAUGAAAUACUUCUCCUUUAAAAGAUUAAUGCGCGCAGCGAAAUUUGUACUUAUACCACAAAAACGUAAUGAAUUAUUCAUCCAAAACAUUAUAGCUAAAAUUAUACAGAAAGCAAAAGUAAAUAGAAAUAUGUAUUCGAAGGUUAGAUCACUUUAUGAUGAUUUAGUAGCAUGGACAGAACAGAAAUUGGCAACUGAGGAAAAAGACGUUGAAGCACAAAAAAACCUAUCAUUGAUUGUACCAUCAAAUAAUACCGCAAAUUCUUGUCAUAGAAAAAGGAAAUAUCCAUGCAAUAACAUCCAACAAACAAAUGCAUCAAGAGAAAUGCUUACAGACAACCGUUGCCAAAUGAAAGCACAAAGCACUGAACAAAACAGAUAUCCUUUAUUUGUUAAUAAUCCUUCUAGUAGUUUGAUAUAUUAUCCAUCCAAUUUGACAACGUACAACAAUGCGCCAGAAAAUUAUUUAAGUAAAAUCAACAGUCCAAAUUCUGCAAUCAGUGUACAAGAACAACAUCAUGUAACACGUACAUUUAUCGCUAAUUCAACCAUUGACCAUCAAGAAACAAUGCAAAGUCGUAUUUCGCAAAGUUUAGUAGAUAAUUCAUCACAUUUAGAAAGAAAUGCAGCCGAUCGUCAAGAUAUUUCCCGAAGUUCUAUAUCAAGAGAUAGCGGCUUUAUGAGUCCUGAAUUAGUUUUUUCUCCACAAGAGCCAACGAACACCAACUACCAAGAUCCUCAAACAACGCUUAUGUCGAACACUACCAGUAACAAGAGAGUAGGUUUCUGCCAAGUAUGUGGAACACAAACGGAUUUGUUAUGCUUAGGUUGCUUCCAAAUCUUCUAUUGCAACGAUUUGUGUCAGAAAAAACAUUGGCAUUCGCACAGAUUAACGUGUGUAAACAUCACUAGUCACUUUAGUAACAGUUUCGCUUCUAACUACACAUGAAAGGCAAGAUGAUUAUUUUAAAAUACUCUUUUUUUAAUUCUAAGGUCUAUUAAAUUAUUUCCUAAUUGAAAACAAAUGUUUAAUA